AUGCCGUAUUCAGAGAGCGCGCAGGCCGCGCUGGUCCAAUGGGCGAACACGUUUCCACUCGACAAGAAGGCCGACUCAAUAAACGAUUAUCUCGAUGGCAUCCUACUCUCUCAGGUCCUGCAGGACCUCGAUCCUUCCUUCGACGCAAAUACCAGCGAAGGCCCCCUCUACAAUGUCUACAAGGGCAUCCAUAGGCUGGUCUAUCGCGAGUGCCCCGGGCUCGUGGGCAAGGUGAAGUCUGCGGACAUUCGACCCAGAGCCAGAGAAGCGCAGCCAGAAGCUAUCGCCCAGGUACCUAUCAUCAUGACGGACACUGUCGUUCUCUUUCGGCCCAUGGAUCCGCUAAUUCGAAAAUUCACACAGCUCAUUGCCGUUCUCUUUGCAAUCGCGAUGCUCGGGAGUAACAACGAACGAUACGUCAUGCGCAUAACCAAGGACAUCUCCGACAAGUCGGUCCUCAUGCAGCUCCAGCGAAUCACUCAGGACAUGAAGCAAGCCAUGGAAGAAGCUGACGCAGCAGACCUCGACGACACUUCCGACGCCACCCACGAGGGUCACGAUGCCGACCUUGCGAUGGAGGCUGACAACAUACGUCUUCGUUCCGAACUAGACAAAAGAGGAAAGCUCCUCGCAGACAUGGAGACACGCUUGGGCCAUCUGCAGGAGAGCUAUGACGAUCUAAAGGACGAGGUCGUUGCAAAGGGAAGGGAGCUGGAAGCAUUCCACAGCGCUCAAGAUGGUGCCGGAAAGGAGGUCAUCAGGUCGCUUGAGUUGAAGCUGCGUGAGCAGGAUGAACUUAUCGCCAACCAGGAGGCUCAGGCUGAGGACGAUCGUAUCGCAAAAGAGCGGCUGCAAAGCGAGGUCUCCGCGCUCAAGGCCAAGACUCAGAAGCUCGAGGCUCUCGAUGAUGAAGUGAAGGAACUGCGCUUCAAGAAUGAAGAGCUGUCCCGCAAGGCAAACAUGGUGGAACGGUACAAGCAGAAGCUCGAGGCCCAAUCCACCUUGUCGAAAGAGAUGGACAACCUGCUUUACGAAAAGGAGCAGAUGCAGCGUGACCUCAUUGAAUACGAGAAGGUUCUAAAGAGGAAUCAGGCGCUGGAACAGACUAAUGAGCAGUACGCUUCGAAGCUCAGAGACUACGAGCUGCAGUACGUCGAGCUGGAUGCCCAGCGAAGGGCGCUUCACGAUGACACCAUGCAGCUGAGGGCUCGCCUUCAGUCUCUUGACGCUCAGCGUCUUUCAGAUGAGCGCCUCAUUUCUGAGCUGCAGGAGCAGAUUGCCACUGGGGCUGGCUCAUCAGCCAUGUCACCAGACGCAGCUUCUGCUGGGUUCAGCCUGGAGCAGGAGCUUGACAGUGCUGGCAGCAGUGCUCCUCCCAACCUAAGCCUUGAGGUCUCUCGACUUAAGGCUGAGAACAACUUGCUCCGUAGCGGCAUGGGCUCCGCUUCAGAAAAUGCUCGGUUGCGACAAGAGCUCGAGGACGAACGACGACAGCGGGAGCGUCUCCAAAGCACGUACAACGAGACGUUUGAAAAGCACCAGCUCGCAGAGGCCCAAGUCAGCGCUUUGAUUGGGGGCGGCGGCGAAAACGAGGUCUUGGCCAACUUGAAGAUUCAGGUUGCCCAGAUGACCCAUGAGCUUCAAGCCGAGAAGAGGAAGCUCACAGAGGUGCAAGCUCAGCUCGCCGACAAGGAUCGUGAGCUCCUCAGUGCCAGGACAGACCUCUCUGCUGUUGCCAAAGAUAGUGUUACUGCCCUGGAGGAGCUCAAAUCCACUGACCAGCUCAUCUCAGCCUCGGUUCGAGAGGAGCUUGAGGCAGCGCGCCUACAAAUAAGGAACCUCAGCGCUGACUUGGAGAACCGCCAAAGCUCACUAAUCAACGCUCUGCUAGAGAAGGACAAACUUCGAAAGGAACUUGACGAAGCCAAGGAGGGCCGGCAAGAUGGUGCCGAGUCCAGCGAGGUUAGCCAGAAGCGCGAAGACAAGAUUGAGAAGCUGCGGGCGAGACUCAAGGAGCGACAAUCGCAACUGGAAAAGUCCGAGCAAGAAAAGUACGACUUGCAGCGUAAGCUCAAGGCGGCGGAGGGCGGCGAAGCGGCUGCGGCGCAAAAGGCUGCGAGUGACCAAAUCAUUAAGAAUCUUCAACGCGAGAACGCCCUCAUUGCCACCGCUUGGUACGAUCUUACUAGCCGUAUCCAGAGCAAUCACGUGGUGUUGCAGAGGAGAAACGAAGUGCCCAAGAGCUGGCUGGGCAAGCAGAGACAAAUGGUCAACGCCACUCCUAGGAGGUAG